AUGCAUGCAACUGUAUGCAUGAUAUUUAAAAAAUGUCAUAAUGCUGUAAACAGUGAAAUUAAACAAGCCAGGGAAAAAUUCUUCAAAAAUGUGUUGAAUGAAAACGAAGGUAAUUCCAGUAUGACUUGGCAAAUAAUUGAUAAAUCUACUUUGAGAAAAAUCCACAGUUCUUCUGUAAAAGAGAUUAAGUUAGAUAAAAGUAGUAUUAGCGAUCUGCUGGAACUUUUGUCUGCUUUUAAUGAUCAUUUUUCUAGUAUUGGACUGAAACUUAUCGAUACCAUCCAACAGAGUGGAGACACUCUGUCUUACUUAGAUUAUGUUAAGGAGACCAAACAUAGAUUCAAACUCAAAACCACUGACUGUUCAACAGUUUUUCUUUACUAUCUAAACUUUGUACAUCUAAAGAUCUAAAAAUCUAAAGAUCUAAAAAUCUCGGCAUGACCUCUUCAAGAGUGUGCUGAUCUGA